UUGUUUCAGGCGGGUGCUUUAUUUUUGCGCUCGAGCGGUGUAAAUCGAGUACCAAAAGUAUUUUUGAACGGAUACCCUAUAGAGGACUCAGCGGUAAUUGAGAGCGUCAGACGUUUCACCGCUGUUCGUGUAUGUUUCAUCUCCCGAUUCCAGGGCAAACUGAAAGAUCGAAUGGAUGUUCAACAGUAUCUUCUGAGCAAACCUGACGUGAUGCCUAAGCUGAACUUUCGAAUUUUGUCUUCGAACCCAUGGUGUUUGGAUUUGACUGAUAUCAACGAGUAUGAAAUAAAGGGCCUUAAAGAAUUCGAUCUAUUGACAAAGCAGCAACGUAGUCAGUAUAUUAUUCAGAAAAUGUCGUAUCUGGUAAAGAACGACGAACCCGUACUGAGACCGGUGACAAUGUGGUUGGUGAUUGAUGUCGAAACUGAAAAAGGGCGAAAUGUUCUGCGGACUGCUCUUCUUCAUUUGGUAUGGGCCAUCAUUUCUAUUUCAAAUUACAAGCACAGCCAGGUGACGCGCAUUGGCAUAAUCCACAGCCUUUCAGAAAUGCACGCAGAAAGCAAACUGGCGCUGGCGAUACAGGGAUGCCUCAAUCUGUUGAAUCUAUAUCAGGCGAAGCUGGUUCUUCAGAACCUCCUUGACGCAAAGAUCAAAAAUUGGUCAGACCUGGACGUUGCAAAAAUUCAUGGAGUCGAUUGGGCGGCUUUUAAGACGGAAGUUUCCUUGAUGGCAAAUGAUGUGCUUUCAAUUCAUGCGCGUUUUGUGGCCAGUGUUUUGAAUUUUCAACCCGGUCAAAUGGGCAUUAUCAGCAAUGGUCAAGUUUUUGGGCCAUUUGACGAAAAUGAAUCGUUUGACCUACAGGAUUUUGAUUUGUUGGAGAAAUAUACUCUUUCCAGAGGAGCGGAACUAGUUGCCGAACAUCUUGAGACAUCGCGCUCUCUUGGCAGAAAAGGAAGACCUGGCGAUAUGGUGAUGAGAGUCGUUUCUCUUGUCUUAGGCCGAGGUGGUUUGCACAGACGGCAUAAAGUGAUGGUAGACGAAAUGAAGCACAGUGGAGUUUUUGUUCCGGCUCCUAAAUCUGACGCCUCUAAGAUAGAUAUCGUUGCGAUUAUUGAUCCGUUAAGCCGACAUUCGCAAAAACUGUCUGCGUUGCUAAGCGUGUUGACUUCUGUCGUGAAUUCAGAUGUCGGAGUCAUAAUGAACUGUAAACCGAAACUGUCGGCGAUGCCGCUCAAAAGCUUUUUCCGAUUUGUAUUGCCGUUCGAGUUGGAGUUUUUAGAUGACGGCUCAAUUAAAGCAGGUUCUUACGCACGAUUUUCGAACCUUCCAAGCAAACAACUACUGACGUUAAACGUGAUUCCACCUGAUCCAUGGCUCGUCGAAGCGGUGGACGCUACUGUAAAGGCCGUAUCAGAUGUCAUCGCGCGCUAUGAGUUGGAAUAUCUAUUGCUCGAGGGACAUUGUUUUGACGAAGCGAGUGGAGGCCCUCCCAGAGGACUACAGUUCGUGCUCGGCACGUCGCUGUCGCCAAACAUGGUCGAUACAAUCGUUAUGGCAAACCUGGGUUAUUUUCAGCUGAAGGCUAAUCCGGGCGUUUGGUCGUUGUCAUUGCGUGAAGGAAAGUCGUCCGAUAUUUACCAGAUCACAACGCAUGAGAACACCGAUUCGUCGUUUCAUCAGGAAAAUGUCACGAUCGUGAUCAGCAGUUUCUCGGGCAAGAUAAUCAAGAUUAAAGUUUCCAAAAAGCCAGACAAACUCGGCGAAGACCUCCUGAGCGAUGCUGACGAUCAGGACGGGAAAUCAAUAUGGCAGUCGCUUUCAAACACAUUUUCUGGAAAUGCGGCAGAAAAGGAAAACACCAUAAACAUUUUUUCUUUGGCAUCCGGUCACUUAUAUGAACGAUUCAUCAGAAUCAUGAUGGUCAGCGUCAUGAAGCACACGAAGUCUCCUGUUCAGUUUUGGCUGUUGAAGAACUAUCUCUCUCCUAACUUUAAAGUGAGCGCUUUUCUGCCACAUAUGGCAAAGCAUUACAACUUCUCAUAUGAGCUUGUACAGUACAAAUGGCCGCGCUGGCUCCAUCAGCAAAGCGAAAAACAUCGUGUGAUGUGGGGUUAUAAGAUUCUGUUUCUGGAUGUCCUCUUUCCACUUGACGUUCGAAAGAUCAUCUUCGUUGACGCAGACCAAGUUGUCAGGGCGGACAUGUUAGAGCUUAUGCGCUUUGAUCUUGAAGGUGCUCCUUACGGCUAUACGCCGUUUUGCGACAGUCGCAAAGAAAUGGACGGUUAUCGGUUUUGGAAGCACGGUUACUGGGCGAAUCACUUGGCCGGUCGAAAAUAUCAUAUCAGUGCACUUUAUGUUGUUGACUUGAAGAAAUUUCGGCGGGUAGCUGCCGGUGAUCGUUUACGUGGUCAGUAUCAGGGAUUAAGUUCGGAUCCUAACAGUUUGUCGAACUUGGAUCAGGAUCUUCCGAAUAACAUGAUUCAUCAGGUAAAGGUCAAAUCACUUCCCCAGGAUUGGUUGUGGUGCGAAACGUGGUGCGAUGAUAAAUCGAAAAAAUACGCAAAAACUAUUGAUCUGUGCAACAAUCCGAUGACUAAAGAGCCAAAGUUGGAUUCAGCCAUUCGAAUAAUUGAAGAAUGGCGAGAUUACGACGAAGAAAUCAGGCGUUUGAAGAAUCGUUACGAAGAGAAACAGUCAGUUGCAUCGAAGCAGCUUCUAGAAAAAGACGGCAGUGCAAAUGCGAAGGAACGUACGUAUUAG